UUAUUGAAAAAAAAAUAUUUCAGCAGCCUUUGAUGAUGCAGUGGAAGAGCGUGUGAUCAACGAGGAAUAUAAAAUAUGGAAAAAGAACACCCCCUUCCUGUACGAUUUGGUGAUGACUCAUGCUCUGGAGUGGCCCAGCCUGACUGCUCAGUGGCUUCCUGAUGUCACAAGACCUGAAGGCAAAGAUUUCAGCAUCCACAGGUUGGUGCUGGGCACCCACACCUCAGAUGAACAAAACCACCUGGUGAUCGCCAGUGUGCAGCUGCCCAACGACGAUGCCCAGUUUGAUGCUUCCCACUAUGACAGUGAGAAAGGAGAGUUUGGAGGCUUUGGCUCAGUAAGUGGAAAAAUUGAAAUUGAAAUCAAGAUAAACCACGAGGGAGAGGUGAACAGAGCCCGUUACAUGCCCCAGAACCCCUGCAUCAUCGCCACCAAGACUCCCUCUAGCGAUGUCCUGGUCUUUGAUUACACCAAACACCCCUCCAAACCAGACCCUUCUGGGGAGUGCAACCCCGACCUGCGUCUCCGUGGGCACCAGAAGGAGGGAUAUGGACUGUCCUGGAACCCAAACCUCAGCGGGCAUUUGCUGAGUGCUUCUGAUGAUCAUACAAUUUGCUUGUGGGAUAUCAGUGCUGUUCCCAAAGAAGGUAAAGUGGUGGAUGCCAAGACCAUCUUCACAGGACACACAGCGGUGGUGGAAGAUGUAUCCUGGCACCUGCUCCAUGAAUCCCUGUUUGGAUCUGUUGCUGAUGAUCAAAAGCUCAUGAUCUGGGAUACCCGGUCAAACAACACCUCCAAACCCAGUCAUUCCGUGGAUGCUCACACAGCUGAGGUGAACUGCCUCUCCUUCAACCCCUACAGUGAGUUUAUCCUGGCCACAGGAUCAGCUGAUAAGGUACUUCUGCCUGAAUUUUGGAAUGUUCUUGCUCACUUUCUGGGGAAGUCUUUAUCUUUUAACCUCACAGACUUAGUUCAGUGGUCUCCCCAUAAUGAAACCAUCCUGGCCUCCAGUGGCACAGACCGCAGGCUAAAUGUUUGGGACUUGAGUAAAAUUGGAGAGGAGCAAUCCCCUGAAGAUGCUGAGGAUGGUCCCCCAGAGCUGUUGUUUAUCCAUGGUGGUCAUACUGCAAAGAUCUCAGAUUUCUCCUGGAAUCCCAAUGAGCCCUGGGUCAUUUGUUCUGUAUCAGAAGAUAAUAUCAUGCAAGUCUGGCAAAUGGCAGAGAACAUCUACAACGAUGAAGAUCCCGAAGGAAGCGUGGAUCCAGAAGGUCAAGGAUCCUAGAUGACAACUUCUCCCUGUUUUUAGUCUUUUCCUUCUCUUCCCUCUCAGCCCUGAUAUUGACUUAACACUGGUUUUGAGACACACGUAGACUUUGUGUUCAGCCAUCCUCCUGUAGAUCCCAUCACAGGCUUUUCCACCCACACACUGAGAACCCACCACCCAAAAAAAAAAGGGCUCAGCCCCCUCAGCCAGGUCCCUGCUGUGGCUCCUUGACCAGAAUUCCUACAGCAGCCUCUUUUAUUCCUCUGGCUGUCCCUUUUUUAACUGCCUUCAUCACACAGCAAGUUUGGGAUUAGUUCUUUUUUCUCUCUCUCUCUUUUGCUUGCUCCAGCCACAGGCUUUUGCCUAAUUUAAACAAAAGUUAAAUUGGCAGAGCUGCCCGAGUGGGCUUGAGCCAACAGAGAUGAUCCAAGUGUUAAUCUCCUGACAGCUCAGAAAUGGUGUGGAAGGUCUUGUCCUCCUCAGUACAACUCAGAAGCCUUGGAAUUCCUUUAGUUAUCUGUACCUUGUGGCUUUUUCUGCCUUUGCAGAUACAAGACUUGCAAGUUCUGACUUGAACUGAAAUUUCUCUUUUUUUUCUUUUUUUUUUUUAAUUUUUUUUUGGUCUCUCCUGGCAAUUCUGGGUUUUUCCUUCCUUUCCCUUUCCCCCCCUCCUGCUGGGUGCCAGCGGUUUGGAUUUGUUAGCUAUUCCUGCAGAGCCUCCUUCACCUCCCAUGUUUUUUGCUCUAUUGUGUGUUUCUUGAGCUGUGUUUUCACAUAAUGUUUCUUUCCUUUCUGUGAAAUGGUUUUUAAAACUUGGGGGAGCCCUCAAGUUGUAAAAGGUGUUUGUUUGUACCAACGGAUGACCCCGGUGCCCUCAACAGCCUUGGCAGCUGGUGGAAAACAAAUGAAAUGUGUAUGAACUACAUUUUUUAGGAGUUUAGUCCUUGGCCACAAGGUCCUGCACGUCUUCCACUCGGGUGUCCAGUGCCACCAGCAGCCUGUUACUCACCAUCUCCUCAUGACUAAUUAUGUGUAAGUCCUUCAGUUGGAAUAAAGUUUUUCUACGUAAAUGCUGCAAA